AUGGCCCCAGUUGCCCUCUCGUCUAAUUGGCUUAAGCUUCUUCAGAAGAACAAGAAUGCCAGGAAGGAGUCCAAGAAAGGUUCCAAGAAAGACUUCACGGACCCCAAAUCAAAUUCCAAGGUCACCAAGAAAGCCAAAAAGCCUAAAGCCAAGGCCUUAUCUUCAACCAAAGCUCCAAAGGAGGAUGUUAAAUCAAAGAUAGAAACAGAGAUAGACCUUCCAAGGAACAAUAUUUCUGAGAUUGAUGCCACUGCUAAGGAGACUAACAUCUCUGCUGAGGACUUGAAGAAGCAAUUCACCCUUGCUCCGCAAAGCUUUUCUGGUCGCAAGACCGAAGCUGGCAAAUACUUGUCUAUGGAUUGUGAGUUCGUGGGUAUCGGCCCUGAGGGAAAAGAAUCCGCCUUGGCCAGGGUGUCGAUUGUUAACUUCUACGGCCAUGUCAUUUACGACACCUUCGUCAAGCCAAGAGAAAAGGUUACCGACUGGAGAACUUGGGUCAGUGGUGUCACGCCUCGUCACAUGAAAAUUGCUGUUUCAUUCCAAGAGGCCCAGAAGAAGUCUGCAGACCUCCUUAAUAACAAGGUAUUGGUUGGGCAUGCUAUCCAGCAUGACUUGGAUGCUUUGUUUUUGAGCCACCCGAAGGCUUUGAUCAGAGACACAUCUAAACACCCAGAAUACAGAAAGCUUGCCAUGGGUAAAACUCCAUCCUUAAAGAAGUUGACGAAAGAAAUUUUAGGCUUGGAGAUCCAAGGCGGUGAGCAUUCUUCGGUCGAAGAUGCCAGAGCUACCAUGAUGCUAUAUAGACUCCAGCGUGCCGAGUUCGAAAAGAUCCAAAGAAACUUUGGCAAGGCCUAG